GGAGAAGGGCCUGGGACAAACCCAGCCUGUCACUCCGGCCUGUGGAAGGCGGGGGAGAUAAGCAAAGGCACAGAGAGAGCCCGGUCUUCCCAGCUCCCCGAGCCACCCAAGCAGACGGUGUGGGUUGGCACUGCAGGGCAGGCCAUCAGCUACCCGGGACGAUGAACUUCCAGGCGCCAUUGUCUGAGUAAAACCCAGAGCUCCGUGGCUCUUCCUUCUCCUCACCCUCACCAAGCCUUCAUCUGGAAUUUGGGAGCCUCCAAGGAGAGGGGGCUGCAGGCACUGGGCAAGACCUGCUUAGCCACCAUGGACAAAAAGCUCAACGUGCUCAGCGAGAAGGUUGACAAACUCUUGCAUUUCCAAGAAGAUGUCACAGAGAAACUGCAGAGCGUGUACUGCGGCCUGGGCCACCUGGAGCAAGGCCUGCUCCGGCUGGAGGCCUCCUACACGCCGGACCAGGUGGGGGCUGGCGCUGCUACCCCCGUGGAUGCUCGGGCUGGGGGUCCCGAGGUCCCGGAGCUGGUGCGAGCCGUGCGGCACGAUGCCGCCCAGCACAGCGCCAGACUCAAGGCCCUCUUCAGGAUGGUGGUGGCGGUGGACAAGGCCGUCGCCGUGGUGGGGGCCAUGUUCCGGAACUCUGAGGUGGUGGGCUUCAUCAUGCAAGGGAGUGUCCCCUGGAAGAAAGGAAGCCUGGCCCAUGGCUCCGAGGAGAACAAAGAGAAAGCAGAAGAGAAGGGAGCAAAACCAAAGCAUGCGCUGAGCACCAGAGGAGUGCAAGCUGAGAUCAGGGGGCCCCGGGAAGAGAGGCAGAAGGUGGACUCAUCAGCACAGAGAUCGGAGCGUUUGCCCCCUGUCAACACUCCAGGGUUGGGAGCUGACCUCCUCAUCCAGGCAGGGGCCUCUCCAGGUCAGGGAGACAGAGUUCCUGGUCCAGCCCAGGUGCCUCCUGACCACCUGCUGCUACCCAGAGUGGUGGAAGCCAAGGCCCCUCAGGUAUCCAGUGAGAGCCCCAGGACUGGCUUGGAAUUGUCUGCGGGCCCCAGCAGGGCCACUGUUCAGGAGGCUGCACCAGCUGUAGGACAAGGAGCAUCGUCCAGCAGGCCUGAUUCCCGGUCCUCAGAGGAGAGGGUGAGGCUGACUUCAGGGCCCAGCACCCAGCCCUUGGAGGCUCCAGGGCCCCAGUCCCAGGCCACGGAAGCUCACGGUGGUGGAGAACGGCUUCCAAGGAUCUCCAUCCAUGUGCAGGAGACGGAGAUGCGAGGGGAGCUGCUUGUGAUGCAAGGGGCUAGCCUCAGACCCACAGCCCCCAUGGAGGCUCCAGCGGCCACCCAUCCAGGCAAGACAGACCCAGCCGGGCCCAAGUGCUGUCCCCGGGCCCCUGGGUCUGAGUCAGGAGCCAGGGAGUCUCUCCACCUGCCGAAGAGGAGCAGCAAUGGGGGAGAAAAGGCCAAGAUGGAGCAAGGGCCUGGGGCCAAGCCUGCCAUGGGGCCAGGCUGGGUCCGAAUGGACAGAAGGGACGAGGCUGCUGGGACCCUAGCCUCACAGGAGGACAGAGGCCCAGGAGCAAGAAGCCCUGAGCUCGGGAAGACCUGCACGGCUGGGGGCAUGGAGAGAGUGGAAGCAGGAAGGAGGACACCCCCGGGGGCCGAGGCAGGCAGUGUGGUUCUGGAUGACGGUCCGGCCCCGCCAGCCCCCUUCGAACACCGGGUGGUGAGUGUCACGGAGACCUCGAUCUCGGCGGGUUACACGGUGUGUGAGCAUCAGGUCUUGGGAGGGGGCCGGUUUGGCCAGGUCCACAGGUGCACGGAGAAGGCCACAGGCCUCACGCUGGCGGCCAAGAUCAUCAAAGUGAAGAGCACCAAGGACCGGGAGGAUGUGAAGAAUGAGAUCAACAUUAUGAACCAGCUCAGCCACAAGAACCUGAUCCAGCUCUAUGACGCCUUCGAGAGCAAGAACAGCUUUACUCUCAUCAUGGAGUAUGUGGACGGGGGUGAGCUCUUCGACAGGAUCACGGAUGACGAGUGCCACCUGACUGAACUGGAUGUGAUCUUGUUCACCAAGCAGAUCUGUGAGGGCGUGCACUACCUCCACCAGCACUACAUCCUGCACCUGGACCUCAAGCCGGAGAACAUUCUGUGUGUCAAUCAGACAGGACACCAAGUUAAGAUCAUUGACUUCGGGUUGGCCAGAAGGUAUAAGCCUCGGGAGAAGCUGAAGGUGAACUUUGGAACCCCUGAGUUCUUGGCCCCAGAAGUCGUCAACUAUGAGUUUGUCUCCUUCCCCACAGACAUGUGGAGUGUGGGAGUCAUCACCUACAUGCUACUCAGUGGUUUGUCCCCAUUUCUAGGGGAAACAGAUGCAGAAACCAUGAAUUUCAUUAUGAACUGUAGCUGGGAUUUUGAUGCUGAUGCCUUUGAAGGGCUGUCAGAGGAGGCCAAGGACUUUGUUUCCCGGCUGCUGGUCAAAGAGAAGAGCUACAGAAUGAGUGCCACACAGUGCCUGAAACAUGAGUGGGUUAAUAAUUUGCCUGCCAAGGCUUCAAAAUGCAAAGUUCAUCUCAAAUCCCAACUAUUGCUGCAGAAAUAUAUGGCUCGGAGAAAAUGGAAGAAACAUUUCCACGUGGUGACUGCUGCCAACAGGUUAAGAAAAUUUCCAACCUGUCCCUAACCCUAAAUUCUGCUGCUCUAAUGGGCCCAGAAAUGAUUGAGACUGGUGGUGAAGUGAAGAGAUUAUUUUGGGAUUUUUAAUAAUCUGACCUUUUACUCUUGAUUCCACUUAUUUUUUUAAAAAAGUUGACUGUGGCCUUUCUUUUAGAUGGAAAAUGGUUGUUAAGAAAGUGACUUUUUCUGCCUGGUAGGCUCACUAAGUUUGAAAUGCUGUGUUGACUUUUCAAGCGUACCUACUUUGGGUGGUAAGUGUGGGCAUGCUUUAAGUAGGUAGGAAAGUUCAUACUUUGCAUAUGUCAAAUUUAAAUUCUAAACAUAUUCUAAGGACUCGGUAGACUAUUAUGCAUGGGGUCAUGCUGUUCAGUAUUAUCUCCUCCAGUACAAAGAAUUCCGAGAAUUUUGAUUUGCUCAGGUGUGAGCUGACAUUUUACUGUACUGUCCCGGUCUAGUGUAAAGCAAUGUGCAUUUAGAACAGUGUUCCUCAAACUUGUUUAAAUUUGUGCUCCCUUUGGAGAAUCAACAUAAACUGGCAUCCUUUAACAUCUUUUGAAAUUUCAAAAUACAUCAACCAUUAUGGCUAAACAGAGCACAGCAAUGAUAAUUUUGACUGUGUUCUUUAAAUCUAUCCAUAUCCUAACCCCCUCUCCCACUUCUGCCCUGUCCUGACACUGGUAGUCCCCUUUUGACCCUUUCCUUCCUCAUUAAGAAUUAUUGGUCUAGUACGUCUGGACCCAUGUGAACGGGAGAUAGGAAUGUAUUGAUGCUUCAGCGUUCUGAGAGAAACACAGAAGUGAUAGAUAUGUCAUAGGAAAAUAAAUGGAAACUUUUCCCACUCUUUCACUAAAGAAACACCACUUUCAAUGCUGUCAUUUAACUGACUUAUGACAUGAGUAAGAAGAGGUAAUUUAUUGUGCUAUUCCCAUUGCGUGCCAGUGUCAGCAGUUUUAGUCAGAGUGGUUACUUUUAGUUUUUAAUUAGACAUGCAAUAGUUGCAUAACUUUUCAGAUUCUUUGUCCCAGAAUAUAGACUUUUUUUUUUGGCAGAGGACAUGGGUGUAGGAGGGAGGUGAAAGGUGGACAGGUUAUCCUGCUGCUGCAGUUUCACAAGUUGUAACUUUCCUCUGGAAAGCAAACUCUUGUCUGGAAGCCAAGAUUUUCUGUACCAGCAAGUCUAAGCCUGCUAAAUUGGCCAGCUAAUGAAUGAACAUCAGAAGCGAUGGCUGCUGAGAGAGCAACAGUCAUUUGGUAAAAUGUUUCAGAUUUAGAAGUUUUCUCAGAAGGAGCCAGAGAGGAUAUUUUGAAGUUCUAUCUAGUGUGGUGGUUCUUUCAUCUUUGAGGCUUAAGAUUUGGGAAAUGUUAUGAAUCUUCUCCCCAGAAAAACAUAAGAUAUGGGUCCCAAGCUAAUUACCCUUGAUCUAAGCAGCAUGGUCCAACAGAAAUGUAAUCCUUAAAAAACACAUCUCUAUUUGGAUAUUAUGUUUUUAUUGGACAUAUUUGAUUUGUAUUUAGAUUUCAUCUAAUUUGCUGCUGGAAAAUACAAUUACAUACUCAAGUUGUUCCAAACACACUUAAAAGUUUUCUAGUAAUUGAAUUAUAUAUUCAUUUUUACAUUUAAUUAACAUGAAUUAAAAUUAGAAAUUCAGUUCUGCAGUCACACUAGCUAGCCACAAGUAAAGUGCUUCAUAGUCACAUGUAGCUAGUAUUUGGCAGGGCAGAUCUGGAGAGAAUCCUGUAUUUAUUAAGUUUUAAUUCACUUUGCCCCAAAUACUAUUAUUCUUUCCCUAAAGAAACAAUUUUUUCACCAGAUCUUUUGAGGGGUGUGUUUAAGCCAGGCCCACAUAAAUGAAAGCUAAUAUUGAUUUUAGCCUCCCUAAUCUGAAAUGCAAGGGAGAACUUUUAAGAAGCUUGAAUUUUCUGUAUGUUUUUAAGUCUCUACUUUGCUGGUGUGUACUUAUUUGAAAUUUUUAUAUUGACACUGUGCUGAUAUCUACUAUUUCUAACAUGAUUUUUACAUUUCAA